ACAAUUUCAUUUUCCUUCUGCAUUUUGCGUGUUCGUGUGUGACAGGGGGAAAAAUCACCAAGCUAACUACGCUGUGGUAUCCAUCCUUCCAUCCAUUUCUCUCUCGCCAUCUUUUGUGAUCUGCUCUCUAUAUCAUUCCAUUGAUUUGCUCCAUCCCGCCGUCAUGAUCAAGAAUUUGGCCCUGGACCCGGGAGUACCUAUACCUGGAGUAUUGGUCGAUACGUCCGCCUUAAAUAGCCCUGACUCGGUGCGAAAGUCGCAACUUUUGGAUGCCUUAUCGACCCUAAAUAAUGGAUCCUCCGCCUAUAACGAAGAAACAUUCAGUCUUUUAAAAGCUUACCAACAAAAUCCAUCGCCCGCUAACAUGCAGGAAAUCUUGCAAAGAGAUGAUAUACAUUCUCCUAGCCAGUCUCCGAUGCCAUCAAAGAGUUUACCGCCACAGCGACUCACCGUUGCUCCGAGACCCCGCAAAAAUACAAGCAUGACUAUUGCUCAGCGACGUCGUAUACCCAACUCUAUUCCAAACUUUAGACUAUACCCUCAGAUCCGGUCUGAUCCAACCGAAGAUGAUGUCCACGAAAGUCCGUUGCUCAAGCGUUUAGAGGAGGAAAAUGCAAAACUACCGCCUCAAGAGUCUACAGAAUUUAUCUUGGCACAGAUCGAACGGCAGAACGCCUUGCUGGAUGAAGAUCCAAAAUCCAUUUGCAUCCAGUCCAAUGAGCUAAAAGCUCAUUUUUCAACUUUGCAAAGUCUUAUAACCCACUCGACAAAUACCCCCUAUCAAGAGGAUGAAGAUGUUCAAGCCAGUAUUCCUACAUCCCCUUUAAAGACUGCCUUCCAAUACACUCCUGCUGCGGAUGACGGCAAUAUUGACUGGGAGUUUUGGGGUGCCUUGAUAGAUGAUUUUCCAACCGUUGCUUUGAAGCUGUCCCAUCUUGUUUCAGCUAAACUCCGAGCAGGUGUACCUCAUAAGCUUCGCGGCCUAGUAUGGCAGGCUAUGUCUCAAGCCGCCUCCCUGAACCUGGAAGCAGUUUAUCCUCAGCUUAUCCAAGAGCGAUCGCCUUAUGAUCGAGUCAUCCAGAGAGAUCUUGCACGUACUUUUCCGCAUGUCGAGAUGUUCAAGAAGGAAGGAGGAGACGGACAAAAGGCUAUGGAACGUGUAUUGAAAGCCUACAGCUUGUACGAUUCCUAUGUGGGAUACUGCCAAGGCCUAGCCUUUUUGGUUGGUCCGUUGCUCAUGAAUAUGCCUGAACAAAAAGCGUUCUGUGUAUUUGUUAGACUCAUGGAAACCUAUGAUAUGAGAACCAUGUUUACUUUGAACAUGGAAGGUCUACAACUUCGACUUUAUCAGUUCACAUCAUUGUUGGCUCAAAUAUUGCCAAAACUGUCCGAUCACCUGGAUGCCCUUUCGGUCCAUCCACCCAUGUAUGCAUCCCAAUGGUUUUUGACACUGUUUGCCUAUUCAUUCCCGAUAUCACUGGUAAUGCGCAUCUAUGAUAUCAUCUUUGCUGAAGGAGCUGCGGAGACCAUUAUGCGAAUAGCCAUUGCUAUGCUCAAAAAAUCGGAAGAUGACAUUCUUGCCAUGGGAGAAUUUGAAGAGGUCCUUGACUUUUUGACUUCCAAGCUACAUGAACCUUACCAGAGCAACUCUACGCUUGUCAUUGCCGACGCCAUGGCCCUAAGUGAUGUUAUCACGAGAGACAAGUUGGAUCAACUUUCGGAUCAAUACUUGGCAGACAUUGAGGAGGAAAAGAAACGAUCGCAGGAAGUGAUGGCGGUUAGACUCAACUUUUGGAAGCGGGCAUCCAGUACAACAAGUGACGAAACCAAGAAGAAGAACCGCGAAUCUGGCAAAUGGCUAUGGGAUUCUACUGGACCAACCAAAGACAAGCGUGCGGCCAGUGAUGAGGAAAAGGAGACUAAACGGAGCGCAAAGAAAAGAGAGAGCAUCGGCAGUUUAAUACGAGUGCAAUCACCCAGAGCUGCAGAUGCAGUACUGCACCAGCAGAUUGAAGAUCUUGUAUCUGCGUUAUCACAAUUGCAAAAGGAUAACAUGCAAAUUUCCCAAGAAAAAUUACAAUGUAUGAUGCAAAACUCGGACCUGACAGCGGAGCGAGAUCAGUUGCAACGCAAGGUGUUGCAACUCGAAAAGGCAAAGAGCUUGAAUCAUGACACCGUCAACUGUGAUAGAGACGAACAACCUUCCGGCAGCAGCGGUGAUGAUAGUACCAGCGUCGCAAGCGACAGUAGUCAUGAAGCCACUUCAACAGCUACUUCAUUUACCGAAUACACUCGUCUAACUAUGGUGUCAUCAGUCCCUGAUGGCGACGACUUGCGAUGCCAGCGUGACCCGGAAAGUCGACUGGAAGUAUUUGAGCUUCAGCAGAAACUGGAGAAAAUUUGUGAAGAAUUAGCUGACCUUAAGUCUCAACAUGAAAUGGCGAAAGACGCACAAAUGGCACUUGUGGAAAAGUUGUUAUCCAUGAAAGACGAGCACGAUCAGUUGGAUCAAGCACGACUCCAAGCUGAGAAAGAAAAAGCUACCAUGGCACAGGAAUAUGACAACUUACGGCGUCUGAUGGCUGAACGCGAACGUGUGCAUUUGGAAGCAAAUAAGGCAGCCAAACCCAGAUCUGAACGUAACCGUCGUCCUGCUGUGGUUGAUUCGACCGCUUCACCUCCCCUUGGUCGACGACAUACCACCCAUAUCGCGAAUCGACAGCCUUUUGAAUCAGACGACGAAAGGUGCAGCGAGUUAGAAUCUAUGCUUGCUGAAGCUAAACUACGCAUUGUUGAAUUAGAAACUGCUUCGUCGCCAAAACCACGCACGACCCUGGAUAAAAGCCCCCUCUCCAUCCUGGCAUCUGGCGGUCGAUUGUCCCUCGACAACAGCAAUGUACCAUUGUCUCCUAUCGAUUUAAGGUUAGGGCGUGCGUCUACUGACUCAAUCCCUGCCCGUGCCCCUCUUCCCAAGCGCUCCAGCUUGUAUGGCAGAAUGUGGAAUGCCCUAGGCUCCCAGCCAUCAACGUAACCCCCCACAAACUGCCUUGCAUGCAAGAACGAA